AUGGACAUUAACAAGAAAGAUGAUGGUGCAAAAUCUGGCAAUGUAGCACAAACCGGUGGUUCUGGAUCUGGUUCGGGGAAUAUGGUGGCGCCAGGGACUGGUGGUGCAGUUCAGAUACCUCGUGAUGCUUUCGAGGCCAACACUAAGGCCUACUUUGACAACCUUCAUGCCAAAGACAAGGCCACCAAGUGA